CUGUCAAGAAGAAGCAGAACUACACUAGUGUGCACGAGGCAGUGAAAGCUGGGGAUGUGGAACAGCUUGCGUCAAUGAUAAGAAGUGGAGCUGGUAUUAAUGAGGUGGAUUUAGUCCACAAAUUCACACCUCUGCACUGUGCUGCACACUCUGGGAGCCUGGAGUGCCUUCACUGGUUGCUCUGGCACGGAGCCGAUACAACACGUGUGACUGUGGGAGGCUGGACAGCAGCUCACCUUGCAGCUAUCCGGGGUCAGGAUGCUUGCAUGCAGGCUUUGUUAGUGAAUGGAGCAAACGCAGAAGCUGAGGAUGACCGUGGGUGCACACCCUCACACUUGGCUGCAGCCCAUGGGCAGUCGUACACCCUGCAGACCAUGCUGCGACAUGGAGUGGAUGUGAAUGUUUCAGACAGGAGUGACUGGAAGCCUGUUCAUUAUGCUGCUUUCCAUGGCCGCUUGGGCUGUUUGCAGCUUCUCCUUCGAUGGGGAGCGUGUGUUGAUGCUGUGGAUAACAAUGGAAACCUUCCAGCUCAUCUAGCAGCAGGGGAAGGGCACUUGCAUUGCUUCAAGUUCUUGGUCAGCAAAAUGCCCACUGUGAUGCACACCCUGAAAGCCAGGAAUGACCAAGGAGAGACUCCAAGGGACUUGGCUGAAAGGUUCUAUAAAGAUAACAUCCUGCAGUAUAUUGAUGGUGUGGAAAAAGAGGGGCAGCAUCCAGAGACACAGGAAGUUUUAGCUUUCCCAGCUCAUGGUGCUGCUUCCAAAGGGGACUUGUUAACACUUAGAAGAUUAGUGGGAAGUGGAGUGAUCAAUAUGAAUGAGCGGGAUGAUGAGGGAUCCACUCUCAUGCACAAAGCUGCUGGACAGGGGCAGAUCCAGUGCCUACAGUGGCUGAUUGAAAUGGGAGCUGAUGGUGACAUUACAAAUGAUGCUGGAGAGAAUCCAAAGGAUGUAGCCAAGAGAUUUGCCCAGGUAGCAGCUGUGGAACUUCUGACACAAAGAGCUGGGGACAGUAACUCAAGUGAUGAAGAACUAGAUGCAAACAACAUAAAGUUUUUUGAAAGCCAUGGCGUGGAAGGGAGCACAGAUAGCAAAGCAGACGUAACCCUGCAUAAAGCAGAGAAGAGGGAUGCGCGCAUGAGGGCCUAUCACAAGAUUCAAGAACUUCAGAGACUUCUAGAAAUUGCCUACAGCAACUACAGGCAGCUGGGAGGAAUAACUGAAGAGGAGAAGAAGGUGAAGAAAGAAGAAAGGGAAGCUGAGAAGGCUGUGAUGGAGCUGGAGGCCCAGCUGGAAUAUGAGCGAGUGAGGCGGGAGAAGCUGGAGAGCCAGCUGGAUGAGUGCCGUGCCGAGAUAAACCACCUGAGACAGAGCCUGGAGGAACUCCACAGCUCCCCUCCUGCCCCCAUGGAAGCUGAGACCAUCUCCAAGCCUUGCAAAGAGAAAAAGAAAGUAAAGAAGAAACCAGCCUCCAGCCCUGGGGGAGUGUUUGUGAGACUACGCUGA